UACAGACCGGAAGUGGGGAGCCGGCUCUUGUCAGUCACUCGGGGGUCGGGUCGAUCCACCUCGCGUCUUGUGCGACUAGACCAGAGGCCGCCGCUGCGUCGUGUGUGUACAGGGCUGCAGGCAACAAGGCAACCAAGGUCGCGUAUAAAACUUUAGUCAUUAGUUAGGUCAACACCUUUUUUAGAAAAUUGAUUUAAAACAAAACACUAUAUUAUAAACAUGGAUGAUAUGAAUUGUCACAUGGUCACUAAAGGAGGAGAAGACGGCGAUGACGAGCGGGCAGGAGACGUCUGUCUUCAUCCACGUUUUCCAGUUCUGUUACUAAAGAAAAGGAAGUUAAUCCUUCACGUGGACUUGAAUAACACCAUCCUGGUAUCAGAUGCAACCACAGGUCAGGGUCCCAGAGCUGCGCUAAAUUCCCAUCUGUGCGCCGUUGCCUGGGGCCGUCUAAGUGACUCUGGUGAGUGGCAGUUGAUCAGUGAUCAGCCUUCAGUGAAACCGCCAUGUGAAGACGCAGUCGACUACUGCACCCACUUUGGCCGCGAUGUGAAAUUCAUUGACCGUGAAAUCGGACACCACUUUCGAGGGGUCUUCAGUGACCACCUGAGGCUGCUGGAGUGGCAGGGGGAAGCUGAUGAGAGGUUCACACAACAAGGUGAGGAUGGGAAGGACUAUAACUGGAUCCUUCCCUCCUUCUUCCACAUGCUUGAGAGCCUGCACCUACAAGGGAGGGAGUUCUGCGUCAUACUGCGGACAUUCGGGUGCGAUCUUCCUCAGGUGCUGCAGUCCAUCCACGCAGCAUUACAGGGGAAACACCCAGAGUUCCCUCAUCUGCAGCAAGUGCCGCUCGCUACAGAUCUCACUCCAGGAAGAAUACGCUGCAGCAAGAGAGACGUUGUCCUGACCCGUGGGUCUGAUCGCAUAUCUACCAGGACAAAGGAGAGGAAUAUCUACCAGUAUUUCAGCAGCCUGGUUGGGGUUGGAGGCUUUCAGGACCACUUUGAUUGGUGGGCAAGAAAUAAUUUUUCAGGCUCCGGAGGAAAGCCGUUCUGGAUCGACCCGACUGACUGUAAUACUCAGCACAUCUUCAUAGAUGACAACAUCCGGCUAAGCGAACGCAAUACAAUUGUUAAUUAUCGGGUGCUUUUGGAGAACAAGGGCAAGAAGGCCAGAAGGGCUCCCACCUCGGGGCUUUACGACAUCUGCUUGGUGCAGACGGAUCUCCUCAGGGCCAUCGCCGAGAAGGAUUAUUUUCUAGACUGUGUCAGACUCUGCGAGGAGAACUAUGAACGAUAUCUCAGAGACUUUCAGGUGGAAUAGAGCGAAGUUUUACUUCUACAGCAUCAGCCGCCGUACGGCUAUUUAUUUUCAGAUUUCUGUGGAUGGUAAGAGAUGGGGUGCACCAACCCAAAUUGGGUUUAUCAGGGUUUUUUAAGGAGUCUUCCGAGAUUUUUAUACUGAUGAGCUUGAUGUGUCAUCAAUAUCUGAUCUGUUAGAGGUCCAGUACUCGGGGCCCCCGCUGAUCAGUUAUUUGAGAGCUUGCAGUAGCUCCGCGCCCUUCUCACAGCUUACCCUAGACCAGUGAUGUCCCGUUCAUCGGUCACAUGGCCUAGGUACAGCUCAGUCCUAUUAAAGUGAAUGGGGCUCAGCUGCGAUACCAAGUACAUCCACUGUACAAUGUACGGCGCUGUGCUUGGCGAGCUGAGAGGAGGCUGCUGCGAACGUCGGCGCCUUCUCAAACAUCUGAUCGGUGGGGGUCCUCAGUGUCGAACACCCACCAAUCAGAUAUUGAUGACUUAUCAAUAGGAUAGGUCAUCGGUAUAAAAGUCUCGAAAAACCCUUUUAAUGCUGAUGUCCUAUUCAUGGGAUGGGUCAUCAGUAUCAGGUCGGUGGGACCGCCACAGAUCAGCAGUUUGAAGAGACCAUGGUACAUCGGUGAGCGCUGCAGCCUCUUUCUCGUCAGUGACGUCACAUGGUUUAAUGGCAGCCCGGCCCCUUUGAAGGCUGCAAUACCAAGCACAGCCACUAUCCAAAGGACAGCGCUGUGAGGAGCUGAUUGGUGGGGUGCCUGGACUCUUGACGAUAAGGGUACUUUCACACUUGAGGCAGAGUAUUCCG